UUCGAACUUUCUCUCUCUACUCCUCAACCUCAGGAAGAAGCAAAACAAGAGAGAGAGAGAGCCGGCGGUGUUGUGGAUCGUCGGCGAAGAGAGGAAGAAGCGGACAUGGCGGCUCCCGAAGCUCCUCUCUGUUAUGUUGGCGUCGCCAGGCAAUCCGCUGCUUUCCGCCUCAUGAAACAAAUGGGAUGGGAAGAAGGUGAAGGACUUGGGAAAGACAAGCAAGGGAUUAAAGGACAUGUUCGAGUCAAAAACAAGCAAGAUACUGCCGGUAUUGGUACAGAGAAGCCGAACAAUUGGGCAUUCGACACUACGCAAUUUGAUAGCAUUCUCAAAAGAUUGAAAGUGCAAACGGCGCAGCCUGAUGAAAAAGAUGUGGAGAAGAAAGCUGAAGUAGAAGAUGAAACAGAAGUGUCAACCCAGGUUCAAGAUGCAGUCGUUAAGGCUACUCGACCACAGGGAAGAUAUAAGAGAAGGGAGAGAGGGAAGCUUGUUCAUGCGUACUCAUCAAAGGAUCUUGAAGGAAUCCUUGUCAAAAAGGUUGAGGAGUCUACUGCAACAAAUCCUAGUCUAGAUGGCCAGUUGGAGUCCGAGAUGGCAUCUGAAAGUCAUGUUUUUCCUGAAGGAAACAUGCAGGAAGAUAUUUCUCCAGAUUGGUGGGGCUUUAAGUUUGGGUUUAUCUCUGGUGGCUUUCUAGGAGCAGAGUCUAGAAGAAAGUUCAAAAAUGGGAACGCUCAAAAUAGUAAGGAGAGAACUGUAUUUCAUGAGGAUGAUCAAGAGAAUCUAUACAAGCUUGUUCAGGAUAAAUCCACAACUGGAAAGCAAGGCUUAGGUAUUAAGGACCGGACAAAGAAAAUCGCCGGUUGCUACUUUCAGGGGAAGAAGACAUCAUUUAGUGACAGUGAGGAUGAAGAUUCUACUGAUCCUGAUUGUUCAGAAAAAGGAAAACCUGAUGUCUCUUUUGAAAUUGAAAGGAAGAAGGAACCAAAAGUAAAGUUGAAAAAGUUGUGUAGGCAGCUUCUUCGUCAGGUACCUGGCGAGUCACUAAAGCUGAAAGAUCUGAAAGCCUUGAUUGAUGAACAUUCAACUGCUGUUUUCUCACACUUCUCUUCAAAGGCAGACACGCUCACUUAUUUAAAACAAAAGCUGAAAGGCAAUAAGAAGUUCGUUGUGGAAGGCAAAAGAGUCAGACUCGCAUCGAGGAGUUGAAAGAAUUUUUGUUGGAAGAAAUUUUGAAACGCCAUUCUUUAUUUUACCAAGAAUUUUGAGAUGUUUGUAGCCGUGUAGCGUGAUCUGUAUAUUGCAGCCGAGUCCAGUUCAUAUUCAGAUCUGCGUAUAUCUUGCUGUUGCUUGAUCUAUUGUACUAAUUAGUCGACAAUAAAGCAGUACUUUAAUUCAUUACCAUACGAAAUGAGUGUUGUAUACGAAGGUGCUUUAAAGGCAUUCUUCCAUUGUUGUUUUAGUUUUAUUCAACCAUUCCUCUUUUCUUCUUUUUUGUUUUGUACAAUUC